AUGGUUUAGAAAAAGGUACACAUGUUUCCUAGAUAAUUUUCAAUUAAAAAAACGGCUUUUAUCACCUUUUUUUUCAAGUUACAAUAACGCAUGAACUUCAAAAACUGUUAAAAAUCUUAUUUUCUAAUUGUCCAGUCACUUUUAAAAUUUUCAGGUUCUAAACCAACAAGGCGUUAGUUUUGACUGGUGGACCCACGUGGACAACGAAACGACGAGAUACCGAUCGACUAUUAUCGGUAAAAUAUGUUUUGACCGCAUUUGGAAUGGCUCAAGCUUUUUUAUGCCACCAAGCGCAACUCGUUUUGGGUCGGUUGCAGCUUCAGUCAUCCAAAAUGCAUUUUGAAUGGCUCAAGCUUAUCUGAUGCAACCAAGCGAAAGUCGUUUCGAGUCGGUUGCAGCUUCAGUCAUUCCGAAUGCGGUCAAAGUUGAAGAAAACCAAUGAAAACUUGGUUAAUUUUCAGCCGGAAGUCUACAAGAAAUUUUCCGCUACAACACUUUCAACGACCCUUUGAACGACUAUGAAAUUACGACUGCACGGCAAACCGAGUGGGAUUACUGUAGGAUUUAUUUGUAGGUUACGGUAUCGAGUUCAGGUACGAUAUGGGAACGAUCGAUGCCAAGUACAACUAUUGGGGAUAUCCCGGAACGGCCGGCGUGGCUUCGGGAAAAAUCAGGGACCAUGAGGAUUAUCCUUACCUGGUCAAGGUAAGGACUUGGGAUUUUUGGUGGACGUGAAAAAAUCGGGAGUUCUAUAGUUUAGUCAAAUGUGAACAGGAGCUUGAGUUGUCCUUUUUUGAUUUAUUCGAGAUUUUCUUGGACCUUUUGCUAUAGGCUUGAGCCAUCGAAAAACGGGUCCUGACACGAAAAUGCACGAGACAGGCCACGCCCCUUUAGCGUCCCAAGCUAUAGAUCCAUCCUUUCAGGUCGACUACCAUCCAGUCCUGGAAUCGAACACCUCCCUGGUUGAAGGCGACUGUCCGGCUGGCUGGUUCCAAGCCGGUCACCAAGAGUUCAAGUCCUGCUUCCUGUUCGUCGCCUCCACCGUCACCUACGGAAGAGCCGUCGAAUACUGUGAAGAACUCGACGCCUUCGUUCCCUACAUGAGAGCCGAUGACGUCCGACAAAAAGAGCUGGCCAGGAGGAUCGACCAGAUGAGCGUCCAAUAUGUCACGGACGCCGAACGACUUGCCGCCUAUGGGGUUGGUGUUGAUCUUCUGGGAAUGAGUUGAAGUCAGUAGAAAUAAGGGAAAUCAGGGUAUUUCAUGUCAAAAAAAACUUGCCGCCUAUGGGGUUGGUGUUGAUCUUCUGGGUUGAAUUUGAAGCUGCAAUGUGCUAUAUUAGAUUAGCCCUGUAGGAAUAAGCGGCAUUUAGAGUAAUUAAUGUCAAAAAGAAAAACGACUCGCUGCCCUUGGGGUUGGUGUUGAUCUUCUGGGAAUGAGUUGAAUUUGAAGCUAAAAUGAGCUAUAAAAAAUGGCCCGGUAUUAAUAGACGCAUUUCAUGUCAUUUCAAAACAAAAAAAAACUCGCCGCUCAUGGGGUUAGAGAUGAUCUUCUGGGAUUAAAUUGAACUCAAAGUGAAAAUUUAUUAGAUAUGAUGAUUUGGUAGAAAUAAGAGGUGUGUUCUCGGUAUUCUAUGUAAAAAAAAAAGAUGAACUUGCUGCCAAAGAUGUUGGAGAUGAUCUUCUAGGACUACAUUAAAAUGGGAGCCAGAUGAGGAAUGAGUUGAACUUGAAGCCAAAAUGUGCUAAAAAACUUGUAGAAGUGAGGAUUGAAUACUCUCUGAAUUUUUGUUAAUUUUAAGAUUGAUCAUUUGAUUUUUGAAAUCCAGGUUUGAUAGUUUCAGGACUAAAAAAGGCUCUAGAACGUGACAAGAAGACAAAUAGAGAAGUGUGAAUCUGUGUAAAAUAAACAAAAAUAGUUUCAUGGUACCUUUUUGGAAUGAAUCUUUGAAACCAUGAUUUUGAAACAAAAAAAUAGAAUCAGCAGAAGGUUUUUCCAAGAGGUUUUUUUCAAAUGAAUAUUGAAAAAAAUCCUUUUUUUAAAGUUUCAUCAACCAUUUUCGAUUUUUUUGAUCUUCGAAUUUUUGACAUCUCUGCUUUUUUUGCCUUUAUUGAUCUUUAAAUAUGUUAUCAAAUUUUUUUUCUUGAUUUUAAGGUUAUUUUAAGGUCGACAACGAUAUUCACGUUUGGAUUUCCUCGGUGACGGUUCCAGUGACGCAAUGCGCCUGGCUUAGCGCCCGUUCGGGCAGGAUCGGGUCCGUCAAUUGCAACACGUUGAUCCCGUUCGUCUGUGAGAAAGGUGCAUUAUUUGGGAACUCCAGAGUGGUCCCUAUAGGGGCGACCUUAGAGGCCUUUGGAGGGUCCCCUCUAGGUUUUUAAACGUCCCCUUAACCUUUAGCGACUGAUGGGUCAGAGCCUAAACCCCUUUAGGAAUCACUUUAUCAACCCCUAUAGGGACCCCUAGCGCUUGAAAAAGUGGUCCUCAUAGGGGUUUCAAUUUGUAGCCCUAUAGGGGACAUGCUAGUCGAAACGUUUUUUAAUAAAAAUUGAAAGACCCCUAUAGGGACCACUUAAGCUUGAGGGGCUAAGGGAUCAGACCCUGAACCUCUAUAGAAACCCCUAACGCUUGAAAAAGUGGUCCCUAUAGGGUUUCAGUUAGUAGCCCCUAUAGGGGCCGUUUAACCUUUAGGGGCUAAGGGGUCAGACCCUGAACCUCUAUAGGGACCACUUUUUCGGCCCCCUAUAGGGACUGUUUAUCCCCCCAAGCCCUAUAGGGGACCCUAAUGCUUCAAAAGUGGUCCCUAUAGGCGUUUCAGUUAGUAACCUUAUAGGGGGCAUGCUAGUCGGAUUGUUUUUUGAAUAAAAUUGAAAGACCCCUAUAGAGACCACUUGAGCUUCAGGGGCUAAGAGGUCAGACCCUGAACCCCUAUAGGGACUUCUUUUUCGGUCCCCUCUGAGCUGUUUAUUCCCCCCUAACCCCUAUAGGGAUCGCUUAGUGAUUCCACAAACGUCUAUUGCAGGAAAUUAUUUGACGGAUUUUUUUCCAGGCACCCAGCCAUACGAUGAACCCAUCAUGUGGCGGACGGGAAUCGUGAUAGCCCUGGUGAUUGUGGCGAUUUUGAUCGGAUUGCUGUUCCUCUUGGCGGUUUGCUGGUGGCUCAAGUCGAGCAAGCGGAGGACCGAACUGGCUGAAAGGAAAAGCAUCAUUCGGGCCAGUAUGAAGCUCCAGAAGUGAGUUUUCUCCCACAGAAUCGAACCUGAGAAUUUUGGAAAGAUCUCAUAGGGUUUUCCUGCUUUAGGGAUCGAAAUUUAAGUGAACCCUGUUCGAAAGGUUAUCAGGUAGAGUCAAAAAUUGGGUCGAACAAAAUGCCAGAGUGGUCCCUUGAGGGGCAACCUAAGUGGCCUUUAAAGGCUCCCCUCAAGGGACCACUGCACAUUUUCCUAGAGGGGCACUAAAGCUUACAAAAACUGAUGAACCCCCCUUAACCUAUAGCGACUUAUGGGUCAGAUCCUAAACCCCUUUAGGGACCACUUUACCUUCCCCUAGAGGGGUCCCUAUAAGGUUCUGUUGUUUUAGAGACCCCUAUAGGAGUCGAAAUUCCAGUGGCCCCUAUACAUUUUUUGAAAGGUUAUCAGGUAGAGUCAAAAAUUGGGUAGAACAAAAUGCCAGAGUGGUCCCUUGAGGGGCAACUUUAGAGGCAAUAGAAGCCCUUUAGGGACCACUUUACCUUUCCCUAUAGGGGCACUAGAGCUGACAAAAACUAAUGAACCCCCCUUAACCUAUAGCGACUUAUGGGUCAGAACAUGAACCCCUCUAGGGACCACUUUAAUUUGACCCAUAUAGGAAGCACCUUUUUGAACCCUUGGGGGCUUUAACCCCUAAAGGGACCAUUAUAAAAAUUAUGGUUACAAGAAAGAUGCUCCAAAACUACACAGCAAAAUGGAAAUUCAUCCGUUUCCUACUCCAGAAAAGCGGCGGAGCACGACCGACGUCGUCCAACUCCCUCGAAUACCCACGAAUCAGCCCACGCCAGCCUGGACCAGACGAUGAUCAGCGCCUACGGACCCGUGGAAGCCCUGCCGAUGAAGAAACACUUCGGGAAGGACUACCGAUCGCCCACCGAGACCCUCCGAACCGACUUCUCUGAUACCUCCGAUCAUACUUAUACCUACACGGAGGUCACGCCCAAGGGCUCCGACAGCUACUACACGGCCAGGAAUGCUCAGAGGUAUCAUUUUAGGGGGCUAGGGGUUUAUUGAGCAUUGAAAUCUUUGAAUGGGUCUUACCGCGGAAAAUUUCAAUAUUUGUCAAAGCUAAGAAGUCUUCCAUGGCCAGAAGUAUCAUUAAGACACAAUAGCUUUUGGGAGUCUUUAAAGGCGCAGAAAGCGAAAAAUUGUAGUUUCGUGUAUUUCGGCGUAGCUUAGAAGUCUUACAUGAGCAAAAGUAAAACUAAGACGCAAUAUCUUCUAGGAGUAUUUAAAGGCGCAGGAGUGAGCUCUGAAAUGGGUCCUGCCGCGAAAACAUAUAGUUUUGGGCUUUUUCACGUAGUUUAGAGGUUUUUCAUGACCAAAGGUAACAUUAAGACAAAAUAGGCUUUAGGAGCAUUUAAAGGCGCAGAAGUUAGCUUUGAAGGGGUCCUGCCACGAAAACUUGUAGUUUUUGGUAUUUUGGCGAAGCGCAGAGGUCUUGCAUGAACAAAGGUGACACCAAGACGCAGCGAAAGACUCAAGAAUUUUUCAAAGGCGCAGAAAGGAGCUCUGAAAUGGGUCCUGCCGCGAAAACUUAAUAUUCCAGUUUUUUACGGAGCUUAAAAGUCUUGAAUGACCAAAAUGAACACUAAGACUUUGUGUGAGAUACGAGGACCUUCUUCGGUUUUCAAAGGCGCAGAAGGAAGCUUGGAAAUGGGUCCUGCCACAAAAACUUUUUUUUUUGUUUUUCAGUGCAGCUCAGAAGUCUUGGAUGACCGAAAAUAUUCCUGAAAGACAGUUUUGUGAGAAAAUACCGAGAAAUGCAACCUAGAGACGGUCUACAGUCUAAUUUAGAAGUACGGUUACCGUAAUCCGAUCAAAUUCUGCAAUUUCGCUUGCUCCUUUAGGAAUCACUCAUGAAGCUCUUGAUAUGAACUGUAGUUCGAAAAAAUCGAAUAAAAAUUCAUUAAGGCACGUCUCCACGAAGCCCAAUCCAUAUUCGGAAAUAUCGACGAGCGCCGCGGAAUCUGACGUCAAAUUACGUCAUAAGUCUCGUCUGGACACCUCCCAGUCGACUUCUGAAGCGUCGUGCUCGACGUGUCCUUCUGAAUCGGGUCAGGAUUAAGUUUGGAAGUAGAAGUGACGUCAUAAAUUGUUUGAAUGACGUCAUCUUGUCGAAGACGCUUCUAGAACUAUUUCAAAAAAGGUGACGUCGCUCAAAAUAUCAACGCUUUGAAAGUUAUGAAUCUUUUGAAUGACGUCAUUUUGGACCCGAUUUCGAUAAGAAUGACGUCACUUUAGACCUGAUUUCGAUGAGAAUGUCGUCACUCUAAACCAGAUUUCUAUGAGAAUGACGUCACUUCAGAGCAGAUUUCGAUGAGAAUGACGUCAUAGCGUUAAAAUGACGUCACUUUAAACCUGGUUUCGAUAAGAAUGACGUCACUUUAGACCUGAUUUCGAAAAGAAUGACGUCACUCUAAACCAGAUUUCUAUUAGAAUGACGUCACUUCAGACCAGAUUUCGAUGAGAAUGACGUCAUAGCGUUAAAAUGACGUCACUUUAGACAUGGUUUCGAUAAGAAUGACGUCACUUUAGACCUGAUUUCGAUAAGAAUGACGUCACUAUAGACCAAAUUUCGAUGAGAAUGACGUCACUUUAGAACUUAUUUCGAUAAUAAUGACGUCAUUUUAGACCAGAUUUCCAUGAGAAUGACGUCACUUCAGACCUGAUUUCGAUGAUAAUGACGUCAUAAUGUUGGAAUGACGUCACUUUAGAACUUAUUUCGAUAAUAAUGACGUCAUUUUAGACCAGAUUUCCAUGAUAAUGACGUCAUUUUAGACCAUAUUUGGAUGAUAAUGAAGUUAUAGUGUUAGAAUGACGUGAUUUAAACCAGAAUGACGUCAUUUUGAACCAAAUUUAAACAGAAAUGACGUCAUAUAAGCUUAAAAACACGUCAUUUUGGUAGUAGCAAGAUCACGAAUGUAAUAAACAGAAUGAGAGAAGUUUUAAAUUCAUCUGAAACAGGAAAAUUUUGCAGAAAGGACCUCGACGGGAACCGACUUCUCCUCGUGUACCGAGCAAUCGACGGCGUCUGAAAGCACGGUCCAGAACACCAGGCUAAGUCGUCCAGCUCCACCGAGACUGUCGGACUCCCGAGGAACCUUUCAACCCCUGCCGACGGAGCCGAUCCCGACUGUCCGUCGAGUUCCAGCUCCCAGAACUCAAGUUCCGGGUCAUGGCGCUGCUUAUAACCCAUCCCUUGGUGCUGCUCCAAGAUCUCAACCCCCUGGCUCAGCUCCUCCAGCUCCUCCGACAAGAUCUCUUGUCGAGCUGUUCCCACCUGGCGCCCAGCCAAGGCAAAGGACGCCUUCUGGACGUCGGUACGUCGUGGAGACUUCCAUGUGA